AUGUCAACCUACCAACCCUUCUUUACACCUUCAUGUAGUCAUCCUUCACCUCCUCCGGCAUCAAAAGAAGAUGUUAACCCUCUUCAUCGGACGUGCGAUACAUCAGGUCACCUGAAUCUGCCACCUAUUCACCAAUUCGAACCUAAUUUUGACUCUCAACGCAAAUCUGACUAUGCACCCCGACACCACUACGACUACCAACACCAUAACCAUCCACGACCUCACUGCCCUCCCGAAGCCGAGCUUGGAUGGCGGACACUCGAAGUAUCUUCCUCACCUACUUAUCAUUAUGCCAAUCAUAGACAAUUCUCGUCUCCUGAGUUCCCCUCAUUAGCCUCAUUUCCCUUCGAAUACCCUCAAUCACAUUUUGUGCCUCUGCCUUCCGUGACCUCCCCGGUACCUUUGGAGGCGAAUCGAUCCAAUUCCGAAGCUACCUUCAACGAGAUUCCGAGCUCCUCCCUUGAGCUUGGUCACCUGUCUCUGAGGUCAAGUGCUAGAAAUGAAGCUUGGACCAUGCCUCCGUUAACCUUAGGUCCUAAUGACGAUGGCGAAUGGCAAUUCACGUCACUGCGAAAUCAACACAGUCCGCCGUACGAUCGAUCAGAUGAUCAACAAAAACCCCUUUUGCCGUUACCUUCAACUUCCACUAGUCAUUAUGCAAGUAUAAAUCCUCCUUGUUCGGGGAACCGACUUUCUCAGCAAGAAACUGAACAGGACAGGUAUGCUACGUUUUGUGAAUCCUUUCCUUCGCAGCCUCAGCGAACAUCCACUUUUCCGGUUACACAUAGUACCUUACCGUUCAUCGUCAACACAACUUGGCAAAAUCAUUCUUGUCCAGAUGAUAUGGCACCACCAGCGGCAGCAACGGAUCAUGAUCUCCGACCAAGCUUAUUCUCUCGUCAUCACAUUGGUCACUCAUUGAUUUCGCCACCUAGACUAAGAACUAUUCCACCACCUAGGUUCAACCAUUCCCUGUAUCCUCCUCUCACUCCUACUUUCGUUGUCAGACCUUCGCUGGAUCUACUGACGUCAAGAAUGGUGAAACCUAAAAGAAAACUUCCUACUCCACCUCGAAUAUCGGGGUGGAUACCCCCUGAUCAGCGACCGAUUCCUUCUUUUUCCCCAAGUCAUGAGCUCAUACCAAGAGUAAGUCCUGAUUCGAUACAAGCAAGAUUUUCAGACAAACCCUGCUCAAGUACUCUCGAGUAUUCGAUCGGCGACAACAUGCCAACGGAAGAUGUCACCACAUGGUUGCCUCUUCAUGAGGUGCGGAACUCCGAUGUUGGCGAAAUCGAUACUCUACUGCCUCAAGUCCAAGCCCAGAAUACAUUUGCAUUUGGUCUUCAGAAUACCUCCCAGCCACCAACAGCUCUCAACCCGUCCUCCUCCCACCCUCCAUCACGCGCCUCUGGAAGGCCUAAUCAAUCAUUUCAAUAUCUCCCUCUACAAUCCAGAACUACUGAACCUCCGACCUCAUCCAACACCUCGUUCCUCAGCCUAUGUUCGAGAAAUUCGGGAACAUCGAGGAGUCGCGGUCUUCCACGACCAUUCUCUUCUUUGGCCUCCUUACCUUUUACAAGGCCUGAUUCUGAGCCAAAUCCCGCAAGGGGAAAAGCCAAGGUCGGAAGUCGACCAUACACCAUCGGUAUGGGUUCGGCAAGAAGGACGAGGAUCGAGCACAACCUCGCGAACAGUGUCGGGAGGAAGUUCAUCUGCCCAGAGUGCGAUGAACCCUUCACGAGGAGAAACGAUCUUGAACGGCAUACAAGAUCGAAACACACCGGAGAGACGCCCUUCCACUGUCCCGGAUGUGGAAAAGGAUUCAGCCGGAAGGAUAAGCUGGAUCAGCACAUCGAGAAGGUUCCGGUGUGUAAAGCUAUUGCUCCUCCACGAGAGGAGAGGGUCAGACGUAGAGUACCAAAGGUUGAACCUGCGAUAUUCCGAUAUGAGUGA